UUCCUGCUGCGGCCCUUGGUGAGUUUCACAUACCCAGCAAGGCUGUGAUAGGGGCAGGGUAGAGCUGGGCACUGUCUUGCGGGAUGACACCACUCUGUACUGGGACCCAGUGUCCACCUGGCACUGGGCCUCAUGAUUUCCUGUUUGUUGUCCCCUCCAGAUGGGGUUGGGGAAAGGAGGGGGCCCUGCCUGGCACAAGUGGGGGCCAGUUCAGCCCACACCUGCUGAGGGCUUACUAAAUGCAAAGCCCUGAGAAGGAGCUGAGGGAGGGAUAAGGCUGGGCAGGAUGGGGCCCCAGGCCUGCAGACAGCUGCCACCGGAGGCCCCCAACCCCAGCUGCGGGCCAGAGCCUUCUUUGUUUCCCACUUCUCCCACUGCCCCAGGACACUGUGUUCUGCUCUGACCUGCCCCAUGACCUUGCUGUUGCCCAGAACGGGCCUCUUGCCCUAACUUCUCUCCAGCUCCGGAAAUCCUAUCUAUCCUUCAAGGAACAUCUUGAAUACCGCCUCUUCCCAGAAAUCUUCACAGAUGUUCCCCCUUCCUUGCCACACUCUGCCUCCCUACUUAGAAUGCUUCUGCGUCCUUAUUUAUUUUUUAACAACACUCAUCUCUCUACCAUGAAGUUGCUUCUCCCGUUCCUGCCAUGAGCUGUAACCAUUUGGGACAUCUUUUCCUGACCACAAGGUCUUUGAUGGCAGGAACAGAGUCUUAAGUCCCUUAGCACCUUGCAGCUGUGAGCACAGGGCCUUGCUCCAUCAUUUGAAAGAUACCGAGGGCAUAGAAGCACUCCGUCCUCUUCCCCAUUAGUCUCAUCCACUGUCAAGAUUUGCAUACCUGCCCCCAGAUCCCAGCGUUCCAUCUGCAGCCCUGACUGCACUUCAGGGCCCCACACCCACCUGUCCAGCAGCCUAGUGCACUUCUCUGCUUUGCAGUCUCAGAAACUUCAUUGAUGCAUAAGCCACACACAAGUCUCUUUGCUACCUCUUUUCCCAUACCCCCCUACCCCACCCCCGCAUGUUGAUUGUACCACCUUUAAAAUAUCUAUUGAAUCCACCUUCCUCUGUCCAUCAGCACUUCUAGUUUCCUAGGCCAAGUCGCCCUUGUCUGCUGCCUGGACUGCUGCAGUAGCUUUUACCUGGUCUCUCUUGCCCUCCUAUAAUCCAUUCUUCACACAACUGCUGGAAAGAUCUUUUCACACUGUAAAUCUGAUCUUACCUUUCCUUUGCUUGGAACCUUUCUAUGGCUUUUCCUUGCAUUUAGGAUAAAAUCCAAAAGCCUUAUUGAGGCCUAUAAGCCCCCCUGGUCUGGCCUGAGCCCACCUCUGCAGCCUGAUCUUAUGUACCUUUUCCUUUUGAAUUUUAUGCUCCAUCAUCCUAGCCUUCUGCCAGUUCCUUCGUGAACGCACCAACUUCUGUAACCCCAGGGCCUUUGCACAGACUCACCCUUUAACUGGAACUACACUCCUUUCUAUUCUUUGCCCGAUUAACUUAUAAACUUUCUCUUACGGUAGGUCUGUUUUAUUUGAGUUCUUCCCUAAUUUAGUUCAACCUAAAUUAGGUACCUAUGUUAAUUCUCCAGAGCAUAAUACCAUUUAUCUCAGUUUGCAAUUGUGUGUGUAUAUAGUGAUUAUUUGCCUAAUGGCUGUUGCUCCCUAAGGUCUACAAGGGCACGUUCCCCAGGGUGUCCACAUGGAAAGUGCUCAGAAAAAUACCUUGAAUCAGCCUAGCUUGGUAAGAACAUGGGCUUUGGCAGCAGGAAGUUCAAAUACCUGCUCUACUCUUUAUUAUUAGUAAUGUGAUCUUGGACAACCCACAUAGCCUUGCUAAGACCUGUUUUAUUUGUAAAACUUAUCUCUUGGAGUUGCUGUGAGGAUAAAAUGACAACAUAUAUAAAGAGCCAGGCUUCUUCUAGAAGAAUAUCCUUGGGUAGCAUGUACAUUUCCACCCUUCCUUUUAGAGAGUGGGGGUAAUAGGAUACCCGCUCCUCCAGGGGUAUCCCCUCUUUCUAGGGACCUGCCCAAGCUAGGUCUUUCUUCCAGUGGAACGUGCAUCCCGAGGGUUUCCAGGAUGAAGCAGUCAACUGUAAGGCGACAGCUCCUCCUCUUCUCUCUCCAGAGCUGGACAGUGCACCAGGGGCCGAUACUGGUUCCCCAGCUGGGAGACACCCUGGGCGGGGCUUUGCUCGCCGGAAGCACGCAGAGCGUGGGGAGGACAGCCCUCUCUGCUUGUGUUUGUGCCAACAGCACCCGCGCUGCCGUGUCGGGUUCCGGCGGCCGUAGUCACACAUGAUGUCACAGACAAUGACACAAACCGGUGUCUCAUUCCGACACAGCGUCCGAGCUGCACAAUGUCACACCCGGGUGCCGAACACUUGGCCCCGCGCGCCCCGGCCCUACGCCUCCCGCCGCCGCUCUCCGCGUCUCCAGGGGAGGUGGCCCGGUCCGGCCGGGCAGGGGGCUGGCGGGCGAGCCCCGCGGGCGGGCUGGCGAGCGGGUGAUGUCACGGGCAGCGCCAUUGAGACCCAGAGCAGCAGUUCUGAAGAGAUAGUGCCCAGCCCUCCCUCGCCGCCCCCUCUACCCCGCAUCUACAAGCCUUGCUUUGUCUGUCAGGACAAGUCCUCAGGCUACCACUAUGGGGUCAGCGCCUGUGAGGGCUGCAAGGGCUUCUUCCGCCGCAGCAUCCAGAAGAACAUGGUGUACACGUGUCACCGGGACAAGAACUGCAUCAUCAACAAGGUGACCCGGAACCGCUGCCAGUACUGCCGACUGCAGAAGUGCUUCGAAGUGGGCAUGUCCAAGGAGUCUGUGAGAAAUGACCGAAACAAGAAGAAGAAGGAGGUGCCCAAGCCCGAGUGCUCCGAGAGCUACACGCUGACGCCGGAGGUGGGGGAGCUCAUUGAGAAGGUGCGCAAAGCGCACCAGGAAACCUUCCCUGCCCUCUGCCAGCUGGGCAAAUACACUACGAACAACAGCUCAGAACAACGUGUCUCUCUGGACAUUGACCUCUGGGACAAGUUCAGUGAACUCUCCACCAAGUGCAUCAUUAAGACUGUGGAGUUCGCCAAGCAGCUGCCCGGCUUCACCACCCUCACCAUCGCCGACCAGAUCACCCUCCUCAAGGCUGCCUGCCUGGACAUCCUGAUCCUGCGGAUCUGCACGCGGUACACACCCGAGCAGGACACCAUGACCUUCUCGGACGGGCUGACCCUGAACCGGACCCAGAUGCACAAUGCUGGCUUCGGCCCCCUCACCGACCUGGUCUUUGCCUUCGCCAACCAGCUGCUGCCCCUGGAGAUGGAUGAUGCGGAGACGGGGCUGCUCAGCGCCAUCUGCCUCAUCUGCGGAGACCGCCAGGACCUGGAGCAGCCUGACCGUGUGGACAUGCUGCAGGAGCCGCUGCUGGAGGCGCUAAAGGUCUACGUGCGAAAGCGGAGGCCCAGCCGCCCCCACAUGUUCCCCAAGAUGCUGAUGAAGAUCACUGACCUGCGAAGCAUCAGCGCCAAGGGGGCUGAGCGGGUGAUCACGCUGAAGAUGGAGAUCCCGGGCUCCAUGCCGCCUCUCAUCCAGGAAAUGCUGGAGAACUCAGAGGGCCUGGACACUCUGAGCGGACAGCCGGGGGGCGGGGGGCGGGACGGGGGUGGCCUGGCCCCCCCGCCAGGCAGCUGUAGCCCCAGCCUCAGCCCCAGCUCCAACAGAAGCAGCCCGGCCACCCACUCCCCGUGACCGCCCGCGCCACAUGGACACAACCCUCGCCCUCCGCCCCGGCUUUUCUCUGCCUUUCUACCGACCAUGUGACCCCUGCCAGCCCUGCCCCACCUGUCCUCCUGGGCAGCACUGGGGACCUUCCCUGGGGGACAGGGAGGGAGGAGGCAGCAACUCCUUGGACAGAGGCCUGGGCCCUCAGUGGACUGCCCGCUCCCACAGCCUGGGCUGGCGUCAGAGGCCGAGGCCGGGAACUGAGUGAGGCCCUGGUCCCGGGUCUCAGGAUGGGUCCCCUGGGGGGCUCGUGUUCAUCAGGACACCCCUCUGCCCAGCUCACCACAUCUUCAUCACCAGCAAACGCCAGGACUUGGCUCCCCCAUCCUCAGAACUCACAAGCCAUUGCUCCCCAGCUGGGGAACCUCAGCCUCCCCCCUGCCUUGGUUGGUGACAGAGGGGGUGGGACAGGGGCGGGGGGUUCCCCCUGUACAUACCCUGCCGUACCAACCCCAGGUAUUAAUUCUCGCUGGUUUUGUUUUUAUUUUAAUUUUUUUGGUUUUGAUUUUUUUUAAUAAGAAUUUUCAUUUUAAGCACAUUUAUACUGAAGGAAUUUGUGCUGUGUAUUGGGGGGAGCUGGAUCCAGAGCUGGAGGGGGUGGGUCCGGGGGAGGGAGUGGCUCGGAAGGGGCCCCCACUCUCCUUUUGUGUCCCUGUGCCCCCCAGUUCUCCUCCUCAGCCUUUUCCUCCUCAGUUUUCUCUUUAAAACUGUGAAGUACUAACUUUCCAAGGCCUGCCUUCCCCUCCCUCGCGCUGGAGAAGCUGCCAGCCCCUUUCUCCUUCUGCCUGACCACUGGGUGUGGACGGUGUGGGGUAGCCCUGGAAGGACAGGCUCCUGGCCUUGGCAGUUGCCUGCACCACCAUGAGCCAUGGAGCAGGGCCGAGCAGGGGCCCCGGGACACACGGAGUUUUCACAGACCCAGCUCCUCGGCAGAGCUGCCUCCCGUCAGGGCCCACAUCAUCCAGGCCUCCCAGCCCCCACUGUGAAGGGGCUGGCCAGGGGCUUGAGCUGCCCCCACCCCCAGCCUCAGCCACCAGCACCCCCACAGGGCCCCGAGACACACCCACACACAUGCGUGCGCGCACACAGACACACACACACACACACACACUGGACAGUAGAUGGGCCGACACACACUUGGCCUGAGUUCCUCCAUUUCCCUGGCCUGCCCCCCACCUCCCCUCUGUCCCAUCCCCGUGCCCCCUCCUUACCCCGCAGGACGGGCCUACAGGGGGUCUCCCCUCACCCCUGCACCCCUGGCUGGGGGAGCCGGCUCUGCCCUGACCUCCACCAGGGGUUGGGGCCCUUCCCCUGGAGUCCGUGGGUGCACCUGUUACUGUUGGGCUUUCCACUGAGAUCUACUGGAUAAAGAAUAAAGUUCUAUUUAUUCUA